AUGAUAGCACGUCGACCUGACCAGAUGUGACAGUUUCUGUUUCUCUUUUAUAUUCGGGUUGAGAAGGGAGGGAAAACGCAAUUCCGCCUUAAUUGGACGAAUAACAAGAAAUUCACGUUCAGACGUGGAAAACAAAUCUGCAUUCAAAUUCUAGCAAUUGAAGACUGACAAUCAACGACGGACCAUUAAAGAAGACGCUGAGCUUUUGCUGCCUGGUGACAACUGACAAUUCGACUCAACAAUGGCAGGAAGUCCUGACAAUGAAAAAGGUGAAGAGAGUCUUAAGGACUUAAUGGUUCGUUUCCGCAGCUACUUGUAUGGAGGGUUCUCCGUCUUUCUGUCCACCGUCAUCGUCUUCCCUGUCUACAAGACUGUUUUCCGUCAACAAAUCCACAACACCCCCGUUCCACGGGCAGUGGGACAGCUCUACAAAGAGGGACCUGCAAAGCUCUACAGGGGUGUGCUCCCGCCAUUACUGAUGAAGACGCUGAAUGGCACACUGCUCUUUGGCCUACAGGACACCCUCCUCCACCAUCUCACCCUGUCAUCCCACAGUGUCAUCUCCACCUCUGCCCUGCCUGCUUUGGCUGGGUUUGGUGCAGGUAUGGUAGAAGCUGUGGUCUUUACCCCCUUUGAGCGCAUCCAGAAUGUGUUGCAGAACAGCCAGAAUGACCGUCAUCUACCAACCCGGAAGAGCGUUCUUGUCAGGCUUAAGGCACAGAGGCUGGCCUUAGGGUAUUACAGAGCCCUCCUUCCCAUUACAGCCCGUAACGCCCUGGGCAGCUCCCUUUACUUUGGCAUGAAAGGGCCUGUGUGUGCUGCUGUGGCCGGACAGGGGCUCUCUCCGGUGGUCUCCUCCUUCAUAUCUGGGACGUUUACCUCCAUGGCAGUCAGCCUGGCACUGUACCCGCUGUCUGUGCUAGUGGCAAACAUGCAGGCACAGGUGGGAGGGGAGAUGAAGGGGGUCAUGGCUUGUUGGAAGGUGCUGUGGGAAUCCCGACAGCGAAAUGUGGCUCUGCUGUACCGAGGUGGAUCCUUGGUUAUUCUGAGAUCGUGUAUCACAUGGGGAAUCACCACAGCCAUCUAUGACAACUAGAAGAAAUGUUCUAGCUAAAAAGACACAGCUGACAAUAGUUUGUUUUUAUUAUUUGUUUAUCUAGAAAAGAGUGCAGCUAUUUUACAUUGAUUUUAUGUGAUGCAGAAAUUCAUUUUUUGCCUUGUAUGGUUUUAAUCAUCACUUCUAACUCUCACCAUUUUCUUGGUGAGUGAAAAGCCAUGUUGCUCCUCCAAUGCAUUCACAACUGCAAACAGGCAGCUUCAGCAGAAGCCUGAAUUCACAGCACAGUUUGACUUGUCAUCAUAGGCAAAGCUCAUGUGUUACUAAUAACACUCACAAUGACUCUGAUCUAUAGUAUCUCCCGGUAAGCAAUAAUAAUGUUACAGUGAGACAGUAUACACAAUAACCAGGACCCUGAAACUGAAGCAGUAUUCAGUUCAGCAACCACUGAUUUUAUUAUGUACACCUGUUUCAAAGAAUAUUAUUAAUUAAGUGAAUGUGUAUUGAACUAGUUUACAGUGCCAAUGAAGCUCCACUCAACCAAGAGUGACUCAACAGUCUGAAAUGAAAUGCUUUUUCCACCAGUCUUAUGCUUUUUUUCCUCCGCCUAUUUAGCUGGAUUUAUUUUCUGCCUUCUAACCUGCUUUUCCUCCUGGGACAUGUCAAAAUGUCUGUGGAAGUCCUGUUGCUGCCAUAAGGACAUGGUCCAUUAUCUGGUUCAAACCAACAAAUGCUGCCAAUUUUGUGCGUUAUAAUGCGCAACCAGGUUAAAGACACCACUGCCAGUACUUGAACCCCAAUCUCCAAAGUGGUGUGUGAGUAUUUAUUACUAGCCAAAGUUGUUUGUGCACUGGAAGUAUAAAUAUGGUGCUGGUGAAUCUCAGGUACCUUGCAUUAUUUUUACUGUUUAAUCUCAUCAAAGUCAGUUUACACAUCAUGGGAAGUACUACUCAACUUGUGAAUACGGUUGUAGUAUAAUGCCCCAUGUAGCUCUGGAGGAGUUGUCUUUUUUUGAGUAUUUGUGGUCAUUUUGGCUUUAUUAUCAUAAUAGAAAGUAGAGAAAUGAGUCUUAAGAGAUGAGGGAUGACAUCCAACAAAUGUCACCAGCUGGACUUGAACCAGUGAUGUUGCAAUUUCAUACUCUGCAGCUUAGAUUUGUUGAUGGAAGUGCAAUACUAAAUCACUGGAGUUCCCCUUUAAGUGCAUUAAGGAGAUGAAUGCAUGUUCAAGGUAUAUUGUCACUAUGUUAUGUUCUUUUGCUGUAUGAUAUAGAUAUUACAUAUAUAUUAAAUAGGUGGAACAAAUGAGUUCUGGCAGCACAGUGGCUCAGUGGUCAGCACUGUUGUGUCACAGCAAGAAGAAUCCUCCGACCAGGUGGGGCCUUUCUGUGUGAAGUCUGCAUGUACUAUCCCUGUCUAUGCAGUUGUCCAUGCAGGUUAGGAUAAUCAGAAAGUAAAUUGCUAUAUAGCACUGUGAUACAACGCCAACCCAUCCGGGGUGUACCCUGCCUCUCUCCCAUGUGUGUGGGACAGACUGCGGCCUUAUUAUUCACAAUGUAGCCCAUUAUAUUAAACUGUAUGUGUAUGAAUGUAUAAAAUGUCCAGUGACUGUCUGUUACCUCAACAUAUAGCUGUGAAAAUAUAUGACAUAAGAAUAAUCGUUUCAAGAUACAGACUUUUUUCUCAAAGUGUAUAAAUAAA